UUGCAGACCUGUUCCGGCGCAACCACCGCUGAUGAACCAUGCUACGUUGCUGGUGAUGCAAGAGUAAAUCAAAAUCCUCAACUAACUGUUCUACAAGUGAUUUUACUUAAAGAACACAAUCGUAUUGCUGAUACAUUGGCUGACAUAAACAAACAUUGGGACGAUGAAACGAUUUACCAAACAGCACGGAAAAUUCUUAUGGGAAUUAUUCAACAAAUUCAUUACUAUGAGCACCUGCCAAUAUAUCUAGGUGAGGACAAUAUGGUAAAGAAUAAACUUAUAUAUCCAAACGCAAAGGAUUAUGUUAAUGAUUACAAUCCAAAUGUAAAAGCAGGAGUGCUCAAAGAGUCCGCGACAGCUGCCUUUAGAUAUUUCCAUACGUUGAUACGUGGUCAAUUAAGACUAUUCAAAGAGAGUCGAUUUCCGUACCAGUCCAUAAGAUUAAGUGAUUGGAUGAACAAGCCAUCAAUACUUGAGGAAAAUGAUGGCUAUGAUGGCUUAGCGAUAGGUUUAUCUUUUCAAUCCCAAGAUAAAAGUGACCAAUACUUCGACCGUGAAAUUACUGAGUACUUAUUCAAGGGAAAUAAAACUCUCGGUGAUGAUUUGCGAGCUACUGAUAUUCAACGUGCUCGCGAUCACGGUAUAGCCAACUACAUUGAGCUUCGAUCUUAUUGUGGUCUCUCUAUCCCAAAGGACUUUAACGAUCUAUGUGACUACAUGUCAAUAAAGAACAUAAAAGCACUUAAAUCAAUAUAUAAAAGAGUAGAAGACAUUGAACUUACUGUAGGAGGAUCAUUGGAGAAACAUGUGCCUGGGACUUUAGUGGGGCCCACUUUUCUUUGCAUCUUACUUAGACAGUUUUACAUCACACGCGUUGGUGACCGAUACUUUUAUGAAAAUGGAGAGGACAAGGAAAUCGCUUUUACCCUUGACCAACUUAAAACUAUUCGUAAAGGAUCUUCAAUGGCGCGUUUGUUCUGUGAUAAUGGCAUUAACAUAAAGAAAAUGCAAGCGAAAGCCUUCGAAUUGGUGUCUCCAAGGAAUCCCAUAGUUCCAUGCGAUCAGCUACCAUUUGUUAAUUUAACUCUAUGGAAAGAUACAAAAUAA